AUGGUAGCCCGUGUGGUUUCUUUGACAGCUCCAGGGGUCUCAGGUGACCCGCUAUCCCCCAUGCUAUUCAUUCUAGUGAUGGAUGCUUUGAGUAAAAUGAUGGAUCGUGCGGCGAGUGAAGGCUUCUUGAGAGGAUUCUCAGCUCCGAUCGGGGUGCCCAGUGCCCGAAGAGUCUCUCAUUUGCUUUUUGCAGAUGACACUCUGGUUUUCUGUGAUCCCGAUAUGGAUCAGUUGACCUACCUGAAGCAGGUCCUGCAGUGGUUUCAGAUAGUAUCAGGUCUCAAAAUCAACCUCGGCAAGUGUGAGAUUUUUUCGGUGGGUAAGGUUGCUAAUAUUGAUGCUUUGUCUUAUGUUAUCAGAUGUAAGGUGAGCUCCCUUCCUACUACUUACCUGUGUCUCCCAUUGGGCGCUUCACAUAAGGAUAGUACAGUUUGGAAUCCAGUGAUCGAAAGGGUUGAAAAAAGAUUAGCAGAAAAACUAGAGUGGCUUCCAAGGAAUUUUCUUUCAGAUGCAGCGAAUGGAACUAGAAAGUAUGAUCUAGUGAAUUGGCAGACAGUCACUUCCCCAAAGAAGUGGGGUGGCCUUGGAGUAAAAGAUCUUAGGGUAUUCAACAGAGCUUUAUUGGGGAAAUGGUUGUGGAGAUUCGGGGUAGAAGAGCAUACUCUAUGGAAGGAGGUCAUAAUAGAAAAGUACGAUUCCACGGGAGGGGGUUGGAGGACCAAUGCUAUCACAACACCUUUCGGGUGUGGCAUGUGGAGGAACAUCCUUCAGUGGCAACAUCUCUCACAGGGUGGGAGAUGGAAGGAGAAUCAGCUUUUGGAAUCAUAG